CGUCGUCCAUGUGACCCGCGGCCGAGCCGCGACGGGACGCGCUGGGACCGGCGUCCGGCGCGCGGGGCGUCUGGCCGGGGCGAAAUGGAGCGGAGGUGGGUCUUCGUGGUGCUGGACGUGCUGUGCUUGUUGGUCGCCGCGCUGCCCUUCGGCAUCCUGACGCUGAUGAACACCCCGUACAAGCGCGGCUUUUACUGCGGAGAUGAGUCCAUCCGGUACCCAUACCGUCCAGACACCAUCACCCAUGGGCUCAUGGCCGGGGUCAUCAUCACGGCCACCGUUAUACUAGUCUCGGCCGGGGAGGCCUACCUGGUGUACACGGAACGCCUGUACUCCCGCUCCGACUUCAACAACUACGUGGCCGCCCUCUAUAAGGUUGUGGGCACCUUCUUGUUUGGUGCCGCGGUGAGCCAGUCACUGACAGACCUGGCCAAGUACAUGAUCGGCCGCCUGCGGCCCAACUUCCUGGCCGUCUGUGACCCCGACUGGAGCCGAGUUAACUGUUCCACCUAUGUGCAGCUGGACGGGGUGUGCAGGGGGAGCCCAGCCAACGUCACCGAGGCCAGGUUGUCCUUCUACUCUGGCCACUCCUCCUUCGGCAUGUACUGCAUGGCCUUCCUGGCGUUAUACGUCCAGGCGCGGCUCUCCUGGAAGUGGGCGCGGCUGCUGCGGCCCACGGUGCAGUUCUUCCUGGUGGCCUUUGCCCUGUACGUGGGCUACACGCGCGUGUCCGACCAUAAGCACCAUUGGAGUGACGUCCUCGUCGGCCUCUUGCAGGGGGCGCUGGUGGCUGGCUUGACUGUCCGCUACAUCUCAGACUUCUUCAAACCCCGGCCGCCGCGGCCCUGCCCCGAAGGAGAGGAGUUGGAGCGGAAGCCUAGCCUGUCGCUGACCUUGACCCUCGGCGAGGCUGACCGGAACCACUAUGCAUACCCUGGCUCCUCUCCCUGAGGCCGGUGAGGCCCACUGGAGCCCAGGCUCU